AUGACAGAGUUAACAUCUCUGGACACUCUGACCUUCUUCACGGCCCCAGUUUGGCUGCAUCACAUUCCUAAGAUCUACCUCACCCAGGCUGGGAAGAUGGCAUUGGAGGAACUAGCACUCAGAGGACAGAUGACCAGCGGACCCUUGCUGCCCUGGGAGUUCAGCCCCCUCUACUGUGGCCCUGUGGUCAUUUGGACUGGGAGGAGCUUGUGUUCUGCUCUGGUGAGCUCUGAGAGGAACCAUGCCUCCUCCUUCUCAUGGACCAGAGGAUCUGGAUCUAAGGGAUUCCCCCACAUGGCUGCCAUGGUGAUGGCGGUGACCGGAGUUCAGCUCAUUGGAGGACAGGUGAGACAGUAUCAGUCUCAUGUAUGUUCUAAGACUGACUUCUACUCCCCGGUUCUGGCUGACGAAGGGCAAACUGAUGUUUCCAUCAUGGAGGCCAGCAUGGUCGUGGGUCCAGAUGGGAUUCUGCGCACCACAGCCAGAACCUCCUGGGGGUCCAGAAACACCUCGACCUGCGAGGAGGAGUCUUUCUCCCAGGAUCAGGACUCAUUUGAGGAGGAGGAUGAGGGCUGGACCAAGGACCAGGGCCAGGACGGGGACCCCUCUGAGGAGAGGGAUGAGGGCCAGGACUGGGACCCUUCUGAGUCAUUGGUCAUUUGGACUGGGAGGAGCUUGUGUUCUGCUCUGGUGAGCUCUGAGAGGAACCAUGCCUCCUCCUUCUCAUGGACCAGAGGAUCUGGAUCUAAGAAGGUGCACGUACUGAUGUGCAGAGUGUGCAUGGUGAGGGGGGCUGACGCCAGACUGUGGUGGGCCAUGUCUGAGGAGAGAUCCAGGCUCGGCCCAAAUGGAUUCCCCCACAUGGCUGCCAUGGUGAUGGCGGUGACCGGAGUUCAGCUCAUUGGAGGACAGGUGAGACAGUAUCAGUCUCAUGUAUGUUCUAAGACUGACUUCUACUCCCCGGUUCUGGCUGACGAAGGGCAAACUGAUGUUUCCAUCAUGGAGGCCAGCAUGGUCGUGGGUCCAGAUGGGAUUCUGCGCACCACAGCCAGAACCUCCUGGGGGUCCAGAAACACCUCGACCUGCGAGGAGGAGUCUUUCUCCCAGGAUCAGGACUCAUUUGAGGAGGAGGAUGAGGGCUGGACCAAGGACCAGGGCCAGGACGGGGACCCCUCUGAGGAGAGGGAUGAGGGCUGGACCAAGGACCAGGGCCAGGACUGGGACCCCUCUGAGGAGGAGAAGGAUGAGGGCUGGACCAAGGACCAGGGCCAGGACUGGGACCCCUCUGAGGAGGAGAAGGAUGAGGGCUGGACCAAGGACCAGGGCCAGGACUGGGACCCCUCUGAGAAGGAUGAGGGCUGGACCAAGGACCAGGUCCAGGACUGGGACCCCUCUGAGAAGGAUGAGGGCUGGACCAAGGACCAGGGCCAGGACUGGGACCCCUCUGAGGAGGAGAAGGAUGAGGGCUGGACCAAGGACCAGGGCCAGGACUGGGACCCCUCUGAGAAGGAUGAGGGCUGGACCAAGGACCAGGUCCAGGACUGGGACCCCUCUGAGAAGGAUGAGGGCUGGACCAAGGACCAGGGCCAGGACUGGGACCCCUCUGAGAAGGAUGAGGGCUGGACCAAAAACCAGGGCCAGGACUUGGACCCCUCUGAGAAGGAUGAGGGCUGGACCAAGGACCAAGGCCAGGACUGGGACCCUUCUGAGUCAUUGGUCAUUUGGACUGGGAGGAGCUUGUGUUCUGCUCUGGUGAGCUCUGAGAGGAACCAUGCCUCCUCCUUCUCAUGGACCAGAGGAUCUGGAUCUAAGAAGGUGCACGUACUGAUGUGCAGAGUGUGCAUGGUGAGGGGGGCUGACGCCAGACUGUGGUGGGCCAUGUCUGAGGAGAGAUCCAGGCUCGGCCCAAAUGGAUUCCCCCACAUGGCUGCCAUGGUGAUGGCGGUGACCGGAGUUCAGCUCAUUGGAGGACAGGUGAGACAGUAUCAGUCUCAUGUAUGUUCUAAGACUGACUUCUACUCCCCGCUUCUGGCUGACGAAGGGCAAACUGAUGUUUCCAUCAUGGAGGCCAGCAUGGUCGUGGGUCCAGAUGGGAUUCUGCGCACCACAGCCAGAACCUCCUGGGGGUCCAGAAACACCUCGACCUGCGAGGAGGAGUCUUUCUCCCAGGAUCAGGACUCAUUUGAGGAGGAGGAUGAGGGCUGGACCAAGGACCAGGGCCAGGACUGGGACCCCUCUGAGGAGGAGAAGGAUGAGGGCUGGACCAAGGACCAGGGCCAGGACUGGGACCCCUCUGAGAAGGAUGAGGGCUGGACCAAGGACCAGGGCCAGGAGUCCUCCUCUGAGGAGGAGAAGGAUGAGGGCUGGACCAAGGACCAGGGCCAGGACUGGGACUCCUCUGAGGAGGAGAAGGAUGAGGGCUGGACCAAGGACCAGGGCCAGGACCGGGACUCCUCUGAGGAGGAGAAGGAUGAGGGCUGGACCAAGGACCAGGACUGGGAUCAUGAGACCGAUUUCCCUGCGAAAUGGGAAAAUGAAAUGGAAUUCCUCAAGUACUACUUGAGAGACAGAACCGUUGACCAACUGUCCUACAAGGUGGCAGCUCUCAGGCAGGCCUUCACUACGCUGUUUACUGACAGCAGAGAGUUCAUGUUGGCAGCAACUCACUGGCUUUUAGAAAGGCUGGCAACCGAAGCACAAAAGGAUGAAGAGCAGCUGUUUCAGCUAUACACCAGGCUGAGGGAGUACGCCUCAGACCACGCCCACCUAGACUCCAUCAUGCAGGAGCUGGCAGCGGAGUCGAUUCAUCACUUGAGCAUCAUAGAUGUGGUGAUUGAGCUGGUUAUGCUGCGCCUGAUCGUGUUUGGCUAUCGCCAGUCGUGUUUCAAAGGUCCAGAUUGCUUCAUGCUCCAGCUAUAUGCCCUGGUGGAAGCCUUCCUCCCCCAGGACACAGAGGGAGCCCCAGGGAAAACAUACCUGAAGAAACUGAAGAACAUUUUCUUGGACUUCCUGGACAAAAUCUUGGGUUUCCCAGAAGCCCUCUACUCCUGCCAGAACGACUUGGUGCCCAAACUAAUGCACCAUCUUGGGGCCAUGUUUUCCAAACUGCUCAGGGUGGAUGAGGACUUGACUGAGGACCAGGACCAGGACUCCUCUAAGGAGGAGGAGGACAUGACUGUGGACCAUGACUGGGACAAGGACUGGGACUGGGACCAGGGUCAAGAUGGAUGCCCAAACCCAGACCUGGACGAGGAGCAGGACUCUGAUGAUCCUGCUGGUCAUCAGCACCGUGACGCAGGAACACAGGAUGGUUAUGAUGACCGUGAAGGACUUGAGAUGGAGUCUGCUGGCUUGGAAAAGGCCGGUGGGACCCAAUCCUCUUCUUCAUCCUCCUACUCCUCCUCCAGCUCCUCCACCUCCAGGGGCUCCAUGGCUCGGGACCCCAGCCCAGUGGGAGAUCAUCUGGGGCCGCUCGGAAAGACCGACCCCCCCAUCCUCCGGAGAUGGUUCACACUGAAGAAAAAGAGGACGUCCAUCAAGGAUGAACAGACUGCGGCUGCCAAGGGCAGAAAGAGAAGCAGGAUAUUUAAGUCCAACAAAGUGUCUCCCCUCAGCUCUGAAUGUCCAGACCUUGGCAAGUCCUCCAUUGCCAGAGGAGAGGAGAAGAAGAAGAAAAAGACAAAGUCCAUCAAAGCUUUUCUCCGGGGGAUCUCGGUAGCUCUCUCCAGGGCUUUCUGAUUUGGCUGCAUGAAGGACAGUCACCAAUAGAGGGGGCCACCUGCUCACUCAACUGGCUGCAGCGACAGAGGGAGAGAACCUGUCCCACCAUUUCACACACACGGACGCGCGCACACACACACACAGACACGCACACACACACACU